AUGAAGCGGUCGGAAACUCGUGGGACGGACGAUCUGUAUUUGGUUGAGAACAUUGUCGAUCGGCGGGUUAAGCGUGGUCGGGUGGAGUAUCGUGUUCGUUGGAAGGGCUUUCCACCUGAACAGGAUUCUUGGGAGCCUUUCACCAGCUUACGAGAACCUUGUUUUGCUCUCAUACAAGAUUUUCACAACAGAAGGUCACUUCAUGAGAAAAGACGAUAUACACUCCCCAUUGUGAAUUCACCCACAAAACCUGCUGAUCGUGCUUCCCCCGAGACAUACAGUACAUCGUCAUUUGAGAAGGAACCAAAAAUUAAGCCUGAUACAUCUCUCCUCGAAAAACCCAGUACAUCCACUAGGGGACACACGCAUUCCCGGGGAUCUAAGAACCAUUCCGAGGUGCACCAGGGUUCACUCCCAUUUCGUUCUGUUAUUGACUCACCCUAUUCUGGUGCGAUCUCACUUAACUCCACUUGUCUUCUGGCUACUUCAGGCAACGACAAUGCACUGCGUAUGCUUACUACACCAGCAGAGAAUUCUACCACCGAAAGACUUGGUCCAGGGUUUGGGACUAUCGAUGGACACCGGGUCAAUUCAAGAUUCGUUCGUGAUUCCGUGCUAGAUGGUGCUGUCUCUUCUGUUUCAAGCACUUCCUCUACAUCUGAGAAGACCUUUCGUGCACCCUCGAAUUCUAGCACUAAACGCUCUUCGAGUUCCGCCAAACGAAAGUCUGGAAGCUCUGUCGUAUCCGUUGUCUCCGACCAAGCUGCGGUUCAGUCAGGUAGUUCCAGGACAAAAGGCUCCACAGCGACCGUCAAGCAACCGACCCCAUCAACUGAUGAUACCUCUAACUUAAACUCUCAUUCAGGCCGCACUUCGAAAGCAGACCGCACACCUACUAAAGAGGGUAAAUCUGUUGUAUCAUCUGAUGAGCCACAUCCCGAGACAAAUAGGAAGUCAGUUACAAUCAUGCUGGAAGCGCCUCCCUCACAGGAGUUCCACAGUACCAAGGAGAUCCAAAUACAUCAGCCAAACUCGCUACCUGAAAAGGUUUCUACCGGCAAACGAUUCGCAAAACCUUCGACAACACCGAAGAAGGCUAGCAUUAAAAACUUGGUUGGUCCACCAAAGGAAGUGGGUAAAAUUCCUGCUCAUCCUGUGCCCGACUCACACGUAGCUAAAGUUACUGAUGUUAUUCUACAACUACGAGAGUCUAGGCGUCGUCCCGUACAGUCAAUGAUCCUCGGAUUGUGUAGUAGACAGUACAAUUUAUCUGAUCAAGAGGUUUUAGCGGUUUUGAAUUAUUUGGUUUAUCAGGGACAACUUCAUGAAAUCCACUUCACCAAUGGUAUAUCUUAUCGGUCCAACCCACGAAUUGUUGCCCGUGGAGAUCUCUCGUAUCCGACAAACUUGUCCGCCAGAAUCAAAGCCAAAUAUGUUACAGGAAUGAAAAAGAAAAAGUCUGUUGUCGGUGCUCAGUCGCAUAUUAAACGUCUCUCACAGGCUGAUUGUGAUCCUAAUACAGGCACUAAACGGCUGCGCCAAGAAACUACUCAGGUGACCGCCCAACCGGACAGAUGUUUUGCACAGAAUAAUCGUUGUGCCUCUAUGGGACAUUCGUUGUUUGGCCGUGUUUUGAAACCAACCACCAUACCUGAUUCAGUUCCGAGUUAUCUUCCUGGUUUGCGUACAGAUACCCGCGUGACAAAUGUAGACACUGCUGAGACCAAGCAAAAUCAUGUAUUACCUGUGAAUCGACUUGUUCCACCUUACCAAGAGCCCUAUGUCCCACAGACCCCACACACCGACCGACGAAACUUGUUGAUUCCUCCCUCCAGUCCCAUCAGAGAAUCGCAUUUCGAGAGCCAAUUCAAUAGUCUGCCCCAUCGGCGUAAUGGUCAGCCACCACUGCCCAACGAACACCAUCCCGUCCCUGCCUCGGGGGACUUUGACACAUCCGGUGCCACCCCUAGUUAUAUCAAGGUCUCCGCGAACGGCAGUGAUUCCAUGAAUCCGAGCAAUUCAACACCCAAUUUGCUCACAGUUUCCAGACGUAGCAGCGUUCGACAAACGGAGGCUGUCUAUAAGUUCAAGUCCAUUUUGGUCAAGAAAAACAUCACCGGAUGCUUCACAGAAGUACUGGAAGAAUUGACGACAGUUCUCAAUCAAGCCGUCUACGAUACCAGUAGGCUGAUCAUGAUAUCAGGAAUGGGCACAGUAUUUGGUGCUGGAUUGGAUUUGACUAUACUUACCGGACCGCUGCCACACAGAUCUGGUUCUAACAGUACCUCCAAGUUCCCCUGUCCCUCCUCCGCUACGUCUUCUGGAAGUGGAAUUUCAACAAACGGUUCUUCUUAUCAUGAUCCUACUCGGUUCCACCCGUCAGAUCGAGAGAACGGCGAUCAAAGGGUGAUUGGCGAUUCAAACGGAUCGAUGUAUUGUUGCUGUUGUUCAAACGAUUCUCAGCAGGCUAUUCCACUGCUCGGUCAGAAAUCUGCACAAUGCCAGACGUCCAUGCAUUCUCACCAUUCCUGUCUAGCCCCACCAGAUCCGUUGGUUAGCCAACAGUUAGGGGCUGCUCUACGUGCUUUUCUCCUAACUUUGGCUAGUUUCCCAAAGCCCGUUGUAGUCGGUGUAAAUGGUCCUGCAAUGGGAUUAGCCGUAGCAAUGUUACCUUUAUGCGAUCUGGUGUAUGUAAGCGAUUCAGCCACAUUCCAGCUGCCGUACACUCGUCUAGGUCAGACUCCAGAAGGUGGGUCUAGCUUCACGCUUGGUGCACUGAUUGGACUUCCGCUGGCCAACGAACUGCUGCUUGCUGGCCGAAAAUUAUCCGCCAGAGAAGCGGUGCAACGUGGCUUCGUAUCGGAUCUUCUCUACCCAAAGAGUUUCAAGCAAGAACUGGUGAUGCGAUGUCAAAAACUUGCAGCUACCUCUUCAAUGGCAUUGGAAAUGACCAAAUGUAUCGUCCGAACUCAACACCGGGAUCGUAUUGAAAUUGUGAUUAACACCGAAUGUCGUAAACUAGUCGAGUGUUGGCAGACCGCGGCAUUCAGGCGCGCAGCCAUAGAUUUCCUACUUACCGAUAUGGGAGACUUUCUGUGAUGAUCAAGUGCAGCUGUUAUUUCCACCGCAUGUGUUGAGAAAGUGGAUGGGACUCAUUGUUUCACCGAAUCAUCGUGGUACGACCUCCCCUCCACCGUUCCCUCGUCAUAUUUAGUCUCAGACGCCAUUGUUUCAUAGGAGGUUUCUUUCCGCACCAACACACGUACCAAAAACUUUCCAAAAAACAGUUGUCUGUAUUGUCUACAUUUACUCAUGUAGCUCAUUUUACCCGUCUCCACAUACUGUUUCACCAUCAUUUUCUCAGUCUUUCGGGAAGUUACCGCAUAUGGUUUUACUUGAUCUAUGUGAUCACUUUACCUCUUCUGAUUACAACCCACGUAAGCUGCUUUGGACCGUUCGCUGCACCCGGUAACGUUCGUUGCAUGUGCAUAUCUACACACCAACUACACUUUCUCCCCACUCACUCACUGUCCAUCCCCUUACAACACUCUAACAACGUCAGCUCUGGAAGGAAGUUGUAGAAUUCUUACUAUCAUCUUCCGUGUGUGUUUCUCAUCUCGCUGGUCUCAAGCUUACUGGUCCAAUCUGGCCUGUUUCUCAGCCUCUUUUGUUCAGCCCUAGGGUUUGCUGCUUUUUUGUAUUGAAUUAUCUCAACACUUGUGAAUAUUGUGAAUUGGUCGAGUUUCGAAGAUAGUUGUCAAGG